UGUGAUGCAAUACACUGAAAAAGGCUCCGCAAAAAUGGAAAUAGAUUUCAUGAACCCAAAGGAGUAUAGGGAGAUUAAAGUACGAUUGGGGACCAUUGUUCAACAGAGGGGAUACAAACGGUUCACCGGGGAUGCGUUGGUCGCAGCUAAUCAUAAGUUCUACGAGCUUGAUGCAGUGAGACAGCGAGAACGCAAUCCAAAUGUGAUCGUUCUCAUCACGCGAGGAAUACCAAACGACAAAGAGGAUACUCGUAGUGCAGCUAGACUGUUAGGAUUAAGACAAGUCCAACUCAUUACUGUUGGAGUUCGUUCAACACCAUCAUCAAAAUUUCUUGCAUCGUUCUUGGAAGAGAUAACCGAGAAGAGCAACGUCAUUCUUUCAAAGUACAGAGGCCUAAAGAAACAGCGUUUUCAAGCAAUAGAAACGAUCUGUUCAGAAUUCGAAAAACCUGUUAAACCUGGCAGGGCCCUAAGUCCAUCUCUGUGCCGUCGUGAUCCACAAGAUAUCUACUUCGUAAUCGACGGAUCAGCGAGCAUCAAAACCCCCAACUUCGCCAAAGUCCAGAUCUUUUUGAUGGAUUUCAUCUCACUACUAAGAGUGGAGUCGUCCAACAUUCACACUGGACUCAUGCAGUACAGCGAGGAACGUCUCACUUCGGUGGUCUGGGACUUAGGUGCGUACACGGAGUUCGAGACGAUCAUAAAUAUUCGUAACAUGAAUUACCAAGCUGGGACGCGCACAGCAACUGGCGAUGCGCUGACUCGUGUUAACAACGAGGUUUUCACGGGACUUUACGGCGAUCGUCCGUACAUCCCCGAUAUGUUGAUCAUAUUCACCGACGGCAAUGCCCACGACUUGAGAAUAGCCCGCAGACAGGCUGCGUUUUUGAAGGAAAAAGGCAUUUUCAUCAUUACCAUUGGGGCUGGAACCGAGCGAUCAAUCCAAAAAUUCAAACAGGAAUUAAUCGACAUGGCCUCUGGACCUGAAUAUGCGUUUACUGUUGAUUUUGAACAGCUCGAAUUCUUCGCCGAAAAAGCGUUCCCGCUCGUCUGCCGACUCUUAGGAUUAAUGAGAAAAAAGCGCCUUUGAAAUCGGCAUGGAAACUGAGAGUAGAUUGGCAAAAAAAUAACCAGAAAUAUACUCACUUAAAGGUAAAAUACACACAAAACCGUUACAGAAGAAAGGAGGCCGUAAGAUCACGCCAAGAAUAUAGUAGAAUACCAUAAAUAACUCAAUGUAGAGUUUAAGAGUCGAGAGGAUAGUGUACGGGUUCUAGGAACCCAUACAAAAAAACAUAUUUAUUAAUCCGAAGAACUUUAGGCUUGUUUAGAAGCAAAGGCAACAUACACAAUCUUGUUGUGAAAAUAUUUAUAAUAAUACAGUGUGAUUGUAACAUAAUAAAUCAGUGAAAAUA